CCAAGCAAACGGGGAAAACGUAAGACCCCUGAAGCCCUCGCGCAGGGGCCUCCAUGACCGUCUCCCUCCCAAGAUGCUCUCCGGCCUCAUUUCCCGACCCCUCCACCUCCGCCUCCCCCUCCGCCUUCUAACUCUAACCCUAGUUUCCUCCCCCCACCAUCUCUUUUCUUCCUCCUCUUCUCCUCCUGUUCGCCCUCCGCCUCCUCCUCUUUUCCCUCUUCGCGACCCCAACCCCAGUUUCUAUCCGCAGUCCCUGAGAACCUUCUCGACCAAUCGCGGGGACGAGGGCCGCGGCAAUGGAGAUGGCACCUGGAAGUUCUCGCCUGAGAACGACGAGGUGGAUUCUGUAUUCGGCGAGGAAGAAGGUAGCCUCGCCGGGAUCGCGGAGGGCGGGGAGGAUGUCUUUGGAUCGGAGGCGACCGCUGGAGCCGGCUUGAAGGGCGGUGAUCCGUGGUCCCAGGAUUCUACUUUGGAGAAGAAAGGGGAUAUAUUUGGGGAGAUCGAUCGGGAAUUUGCGUCGAAGGAGGAGGUAGGAGGGGGCGGAGAGGAUGAGUGGGAGACGGCUGAGGGGUAUAAGCCGUGGACUUUGGGUGAAGAGGAAGAGAAGGAGGGUUUGUUUGACGCUGGAGGCGAAGGGGAGUUGGGAAUCGAAGGGAUUGGGGAUGGUAGGAUUGAGGAUUUGGAGAAGGAGCGCAUUGAGGAGCAGAAGCAGCUGGAGAAGAAAGAGCAAGAACUCUUAGCUACACUGAAAGGUCCAAAUAGGGCAUUUGGGGAUCUGAUUGCGGCAUCUGGAAUUACAGAGGAUAUGAUUGAUAGUUUGAUUCUUCUCAAGGAUGUCAGAGGUAUCAAAGGAUUGCCUCCUCUACACGAAAUAGAAGACAAGGCCAUAGCGAGAAUGAAUGCGACAUCUACAAGAGCUGAAAUUGAGAGGAAGAAACAAGAGGAAAUUGCAAAAGCACGGGUUAGGCAAGUUGAUGAAAAAGGAAGGGCUUAUGGAACCGGAAGAAGGAAAUGCAGUGUAGCUCGUGUAUGGAUUCAACCUGGUGAUGGGAAGUUCAUUGUCAAUGACAAGCAAUUUGAUGCAUACUUUCCUAUUCUUGACCAUCGAGCUGAGCUUCUUCGUCCAUUUACUGUGACAAAAACUUUGGGUCUUUGGGAUGUAAAUUGCACUGUGAAAGGUGGUGGUGUCUCAGGUCAGGUGGGAGCUAUCCGCUUGGGAAUUAGCAGGGCCUUGCAAAACUGGGAACCAGGGCUUCGGCCAUACCUCAAAGCAGCUGGGUACUUGACGAGGGACCCGCGUGUUGUUGAAAGGAAAAAGCCUGGAAAGGCGAAAGCAAGAAAGAGCUUCCAAUGGGUUAAGAGAUAACAGGUUUCAGCUUGGCAACUUCAACUUGACUAGCUCACUUCGCCAAUUCUGACUGUGGAUGUGGUAUACUUAUAGAUUCUGUUGGCGAGGUACUGCCGCCAUGAUUUUGUUCUUUGUUACUCAAGGCCCUUGUCAAAUGAUAAGCCAGCCAUCUUAGUGAUGAUUUAGUCAAAUUGCGGACAACAAAGUGUUGAUGCCUGUCCUGGUACAUGUAUGCUGCUAUUUUGAAGCCUUGUAUCUGAUGGAUAGGAAUAUUAUUUUUUUGUCUCAAUGCCACCAUGAUGGGCAAUUGUGGUGGUGUCAGAAAGUGUGUUCUAGGUUCUCAGGGUCGUCAUCCUGUCAGCCAUAUUUGAAAGACCGAGAGAUAAAUUCAUCAAGAGAUUUUAUGUUCUUUUUUUUUUGAAACUUAUCUAGUUUCUAUAAUUUGAUUGAAUAUUGGUGAUUGGCCAGCCUUAGCUGUGAAUCAUCUUUAGUUUCCCUUUUAUUUGGGUCCAAUAAAGCAUGCAGCAAGCCAUGUUGUGGUGAUGAUAUUGACAGGAA